AUGAGCUCCUACUUCGUCAACCCCCUGUUCUCCAAGUACAAAGGCGGCGAGUCCCUGGAGCCGGCCUAUUACGACUGCCGCUUCCCGCAGAGCGUGGGCCGGAGCCAUGCGCUGGUGUACGGGCCCGGCGGCUCGGCGCCCGGCUUCCAGCACGCCUCGCACCACGUCCAAGACUUCUUCCACCACGGCACCUCGGGCAUCUCCAACUCGGGCUACCAGCAGAACCCGUGCUCGCUGAGCUGCCACGGAGACGCCUCCAAAUUCUAUGGCUACGAGGCGCUCCCCAGACAGUCCCUUUAUGGGGCUCAGCAAGAGGCGAGCGUGGUGCAAUAUCCCGACUGUAAAUCCUCCGCCAACACUAACAGUAGCGAAGGACAAGGCCACUUAAAUCAAAACUCGUCUCCCAGCCUCAUGUUUCCAUGGAUGAGACCCCACGCUCCGGGGCGGCGCAGCGGAAGGCAAACUUACAGCCGGUAUCAGACCUUGGAACUAGAAAAGGAGUUUCUCUUUAAUCCUUAUUUGACACGAAAGCGCCGGAUUGAAGUCUCUCACGCCCUGGGACUGACUGAGAGACAAGUGAAGAUCUGGUUCCAGAACCGAAGGAUGAAGUGGAAAAAGGAGAACAACAAGGAUAAACUGCCGGGAGCCCGAGACGAGGAGAAGGUGGAGGAAGAAGGAAAUGAGGAAGAGGAGAAAGAAGAGGAGGAAAAGGAAGAAAACAAGGACUGA